AUGAGUGAUGCGAAAGAACAAUCGCAUGAUCAAAAUGCAGAAACCGAAAUUACAGAUAUAGAAGAUGGGGUUAACGAAAGAGCCUUACUGCGCAAGCUGGAUUGGAGGCUUCUACCAGCGGUUGGCGUCUUAUAUCUUCUCUCAUUUUUGGAUCGUAGCAACGUUGGAAAUGCCCGUAUAGAGGGCAUGGUGAGCGACCUUCAUAUGACGGGGAACCAGUAUCUUACAGGAUUGACGGUUUAUUUCAUUGGCUAUGUUCUCUUUGAGAUUCCUUGCAAUGUCAUUCUUAAAAGAACAAGCCCUCGGUUAUGGCUCCCAACACUGACAAUAGCGUGGGGUGUUGUUGCCACACUUCUGGGAGUAGUACAAAACCUCUCCGGCUUUCUUGUCGCGCGAUUCUUUCUAGGUGUUACAGAAAGUGGACUUUUUCCGGGCGUUGUCUUCUAUCUCUCAAUGUGGUACAAGCGAAGAGAGCGACAGUAUCGAAUUUCUCUGUUUUUCAGCGCAGCGUCACUUGCAGGAGCAUUUGGUGGCAUAUUAGCAUAUGGAAUUGGGAAAAUGGCAGGCGUUGUUUGGAGCAAUGGAUGGCGAUGGAUUUUUAUUCUUGAAGGGAUUGCCACCGUCAUCGUGGCCACUAUAGCGUACUGGUUUAUCGAGAACUAUCCGGAUACUGCAAAGUUCCUUACAAAGCCUGAGAGGGAAUUCAUCCAGACUAGGCUGGCGGCGGACUGCGAUGCAAUGAUCAAAGAAGAAUUCACCUGGAGUGCUGUACUAGAAGCAGUGCGGGACCCAAACUGUUGGCUUUAUAGCUUGGGGUUCCAUACAAUGAGCUUGCCACUUUAUACGCUCUCCUUAUUUCUGCCAACCAUUAUCAGCAACCUCGGAUAUACAGCAGCAAAGGCCCAGCUACUUACAAUCCCCCCGUAUGCACUGGCGUUUGUCACAACAGUAGUAGUGGCUAUUGCAUCUGAGAAAUUGGGGAAAAGGGCCGUUUUCCUUGCUGGUUCCUCGCUUACAGCGGCGAUUGGAUAUAUCAUUUUGCUUGCAAACACUGAUCCUGUUGCACGGCCGGGGGUGUCAUACUUGGGCACAUUCUUCGCGGCGGCAGGAAUCUAUCCAUCAACAGCACUUGUCCUUUCUUGGCCUGCAAUUAAUGUUUCCGGACAAACUAAAAGAGCAAUUGCAAAUGCAAUGCAAAUUAGCAUUGGGAAUUUAGGAGCUGUAAUGGGAACACAGCUUUAUCGAUCCAACGAUGGACCGAGAUUUGUUGUCGGCCAUUCAAUGGCCCUUGCAUAUCUAUGCGCAAAUGCCAUUGUGGCUACCUACAUAGGCUGGCGACUAAGGGCUCAAAAUAAGGCGAGGGAAGAAAUCGCGCCGGAGAUUCAGAACGUGGGUGAGGCGUUGGACUGGCAAGGAGACAAGGACCCUCGAUGGAGAUUCUCCUAUUAG